AUGGACAGUGGCUUCGAGUGCCCUGCGUGGAUUACUGUCUGGAUCAGUGUUUGUGUUUGCUACCACAGUGGUGAAACAGCUACUGAAGGAAGCUGCCGACAGCGCCUGGAUGUUAACAGCUUGUAUCGGAAGACGCUCUGGACUAGAUUAAAAAAUCAGGACCAGCUUGCAAAGGCAGCUUUGAAGAUAAGCAGACCAGACCUGACAAGGUGGAAAUACCUGGACAGAAACUCAUCCCCAUGGCCGGACCAGGAUGAUGAGUGUGCGCCCGGGAAUACUGCUGUCUGGGAGCUUGGCCAGCCCUGUGCUGGAGCCAGCUUCCGACACAAGGGUAAAAAACAGCUGCUCAACUUCCUCAAGCUCUUCGCCAUGUACGCGGCCGCCCUGGUGCUGGUGGUCAUCAGCCUGGACCGCCACGCGGCCGUCCUCCGGCCCUUCGCCUUCGCCGGUGCCCGCCGGCGCAACAAGCUCCUGCUCUACGCUGCCUGGGCCGCGAGCGUCCUGCUGGCUUCGCCCCAGCUUUUCCUUUUCCAUCUGCACACCAUCCCAGGAGUGAAUUUCACCCAGUGUGUUACUCACGGCAGUUUCCAAGAGCACUGGGAAGAAACUGUCUACAACAUGUUCACCUUCACCACCCUCUACAUCACCCCGCUGAGCGUCAUGAUUAUUUGCUACAUCCGAAUCAUAUGGGAAAUCAGUAAGCAGCUGAAGAUCAACAAAGGUCUGAUAAGAAGCAAAAACGACCACAUCUCCAAGGCACGCAUGAAGACACUCAAGAUGACCAUAGUGAUUGUUGCUACCUUCAUCAUCUGCUGGACCCCGUAUUACCUCUUGGGCUUGUGGUAUUGGUUCCAGCCAGACAUGAUCCAAAGGAUGCCUGACUAUAUCAACCACAGCUUCUUCCUCUUUGGCUUGCUGCACACAUGCACCGACCCUGUCAUUUAUGGACUGUACACCCCCUCCUUUCGGGAGGACAUGCAGCUGUGUCUCAGAGGCAUUGAAACAGCGAUUACCAGGCAAGAGAGACCCAAACCUGUCUCAGGCUCAGAGAAGAACAACAAAGAUGAUGCUGUAAACGGUGGGGUGGCGUCAGGGGGUUCCAACGGGACGACUGUGCACACGGUGUGCUGAAGAGACGUACCUCAAAGGAAACCAGAGACCCAGCUUCAGGGGCUGCUUCAUCCCAAAGCCUCAUUUUGGAGACUGUCACAAGAAGUCACAAGGAGAUUUUUCCACCUGACUAUGAGUCUCUUGACAAAAACUGUAACAGGGAACAUUUCUGUGACCUGGACUCAGGGUGAAAAAUUUUGAUUUUGGGGGUAAUUACGGUUAUUCUUCCACAUUCUGGGAGCCCUGUAACAACUAGGAAACUGGCCUUUUCAUCACCUAUGCGUGCUGUUCCAGGCCAGAUGUCCCCUAGCACUGACUCUGGGAUCGAGCACCUGCCAUGCUUCCAGAAUCAACCCAUGGGAGAAGACACACUGGCUUCUCAGCCGUAUGGAGCACGGGCCAGGUUUCCCGGGGUGUUCGGUCUGCAGGUGACCCUUGGGCCUGUUCCCAAGUGCACAGUUGUGCAGAUGCAUAGCGCUCUGUGGAAGUGGACCCUGAGACAUUGCAAAAAUGGUAACUGCAGGCUUUGAUUCCAUUUUCCCCACCCGUUGUAGUAAAGUUUCUCUCGAAAUUUCUGCUCUUCUGGCUCCGUGCCCAUCUGGUUCUCCCACAGCCUUCUGUGAAGCUCCAAGAACAUUUUAAACCUUGGGGAGUGACUAAUGCAGGGUGCUUGUUUUGUACUUUUGGAAACCUGCUCAGCAGAAAUAAAUUGUC